CCCCGAUGGACAUGAGAGCGGAGCAGAGCGUGUCCUGACCCCCACCACUCCACGCGGCUACCCCUGUGACUAUGGACGAGUGGAAACCCAACCCUGCCAUCAAGCCCCACAAGAAGCGGAGCUGGUACCUUGCCUGGAAGUACAAACUGAUGAACCAGCGUGCGCUGCGGAAGCUGUGCCAGACAGGUGCUGUCCUCUUCCUGCUCGUGACUGUAAUUGUGAACAUCAAGCUGAUCUUGGACACCAGGAGGGCUGCUUAUGAGGAGGAAGAGGAGUCUGCACAGGACUACGAUGAUGAGAUGCUGAAUGUGGAGGUCCCUAGGCACCCUGUCAGCAACAAGAAGGUCUUGGACGUCGAGGUGUACUCCAGCCGGUCAAAGGUCUACGUGGCUGUGGAUGGGACGACAGUCCUGGAAGAUGAGGCUCGGGAGCAGGGAAGAGGGAUCCAUGUCAUCGUCUUGAAUCAGGCUACGGGUCAUGUGAUGGCCAAGAGGGUCUUCGACACCUAUUCUCCACAUGAAGAUGAAGCCAUGGUACUUUUCCUCAACAUGGUUGCCCGAGGUCGGAUCCUGAUCUUCACCAUUAAGGAUGAAGGCUCUUUUCACCUCAAGGACACAGCCAAGAAUGUUCUGAAAAGCCUGGGGAGCCAAGUUGCACCAUUCCUCAGCUGGAGAGACAUGUGGACCUUUGUGGGAAAGAAGGGAGGGGAAGUGUACGGGGAGAAGCAUGCCAAGUCACCUGCCCUGUCGACAUGGGGUGACCCUGUACUGCUGAAGACAGAAGUUCAUCUGACGUCUGUGGAAGAUGCUGAGUGCCAUUGGCCCGUGAACCGCCGCCGGAAGAGGUUCUGCAGCAAAGUAGAAGGUUAUGGCAGUGUCUGCAGCUGCAAAGACCCCACGCCCAUUGAGUUCAACCCUGAUCCUCUCAAAGACAACAAAGUCUUCGAUGUGCCUGUAGCUGUUAUUGCAGGGAACCGUCCAAACUACCUGUACAGGAUGCUGCGCUCCUUGCUGUCAGCUCAAGGUGUCAAUCCUCAGAUGAUCACAGUUUUCAUCGAUGGGUACUAUGAGGAGCCAAUGGAUGUUGUGGAGCUGUUUGGCCUCUCAGGAAUCCAGCACACUCCCAUCAGCAUUAAAAAUGCCAGAGUUUCCCAGCACUACAAAGCCAGUCUGACUGCAACCUUCAACCUGUUCCCGGAUGCUAAAUUUGUUGUGGUUCUGGAGGAAGACCUUGACAUUUCUGUUGACUUCUUCAGCUUUCUGAGCCAGUCGAUACAUCUUCUGGAGGAGGACGAGAGCCUGUACUGCAUCUCGGCUUGGAAUGACCAGGGCUAUGAGCACACGGCUGAGGACCCCUCACUCCUGUACCGCGUGGAGUCCAUGCCAGGCCUGGGCUGGGUGCUCCGGAAGAGCCUGUACAAAGAUGAGCUGGAGCCAAAGUGGCCAACCCCUGAGAAGCUCUGGGACUGGGACAUGUGGAUGCGGAUGCCAGAACAGCGGAAGGGCCGGGAGUGCAUCAUCCCUGACAUCUCGCGCUCCUACCACUUCGGCAUUGUGGGGCUCAACAUGAACGGCUACUUUCAUGAAGCCUACUUCAAGAAGCACAAGUUCAACACAGUUCCGAAUGUCCAGCUUAAAAAUGUGGAGAGCUUGAGGAAGGAUGCCUACGAGACUGAAAUUCACCGGCUCCUGGGUGAGGCUGAGGUCUUGGACCACAGCAAGAACCCCUGUGAGGACUCCUUUGUGCCCGACACCGAGGGCAGGGUCUAUGUCAUGUUCAUCCGGAUGGAGCAGGAGGCAGAUUUCACCACCUGGACUCAGCUUGCCAAGUGCCUCCACAUCUGGGACCUGGACGUCCGUGGGAACCAUAAGGGACUGUGGCGGCUCUUCCGCAAGAAGAACCACUUCCUGGUGGUGGGGGUCCCUGCCUCCCCCUACUCGUCCAAGAAGCCCUCGUCGGUGACACCAAUCUACAUGGAGCCCCCUGCCAAGGAGGAGGGGGCAGUAGCAGUGCCAGCGGUUGCUGCAGCAGAGCAGACGUGA